GAUAAAAAGGAUGUUCAUUCACAAGAACUCAUGAAAACUCUUGAUUUGAUAACGGAUCCUAAAAUAAAAUUUGAACUCCAACAUUUCAUUUACUUGCAACACAAUCUUCGAUAGAUUCAAUGCAAAUGUUGGAUUCAUUGGAUUUCUUAGAAUUUAUUCAUGAUAUUCAAGAUCAAUCGUCUAAAGGAAUUGAUCAAGAUGAUAAAAAAUUAAUUCGUUUAAAUUUAGUUUUAAGAGAAAAUUUGUUACACCUUUAUCAAACUUUAGAAGGAUGGAAUGUUGAAAGUUCUGAUAAUCGCGAUAAUGUAGAUGCAAUAGUUGUAGGACAUGAUGAUAAUUUACCUGUUGCUGACAAUGGAACAUUUAUACAAUCAGUAAAAUAUCAUUUUAAAGAAUAUACGAAUACUGAGGAUACUAAACAUGAAAAUGAGACAAGAGGAAUUGGGCCGAGUUCUUUUAUGUCUGCUUUCUUAUUAAAAAGCUUAGAUACAUUAGCAGAUAACGACUCCUUCUUGAUGUUAGAUAAUAAGAUAAGUGAAACAAAAAAGUGGCAGUUAUCUUUUUAUUAACGCCAUUAAUAAUAUCAACAUCACCCAAUGAAUGGAUUGAAACUAUAAGAAAAAGAAUACCAAUUUCAACAAAAAAUUGGCUUGAAUUAUUUUUAUAUUGGUUUGAGCGAACUAGUUUGA